AUGGCGGAAGGUCCUAUUUAUGAAAUAAGCAAAUUUAGGAUCAUGAAAAAUCAAGAGUCUCACCAAGUUGUGCCACAUAAAGCACAACUGCAGUUUAACAAUAAAACUGUGUUCAAACUGAUGCGUGAAGAAUUUCCGACAAUACCCAUACACUGCUUCAACCUACUGGACUACAACGAACUUCCUGCACGUAACAAAAAAGACACCAUAUUGACAGAUAUAAUCGGGCUUAUAAAGGAGAUGCAUCAAGUUCAAGACACUCCUGUCAGAGGACAAUUGGCAAAAACACGGGAACUACGAAUACAAAACACAAGGAAUGAAGAGCUACAAGCAACACUUUGGGGAGAACUCGCACUUGACUUUGAUGCAGAGAAGAUACUUCAGUUACCCCCUCCAGCUGUGAUAGUCAUUACGAGUUCAAAAGUGGCCACAUAUGCAAAGAAAAUAGUGGUUAACACAAGCUUGGACAGCUGUGUCUUCAUCAAUCCAAAUAUUCCUGAGUUACAGGAAUACCAAACAAGGUUCUCAAGCCCGAACUAUGCCCCAAAAUUAAUACCAAGCUCAGGCCAAAGCACAGGUUCUUCUAUCACAGAAACAUCAAACAUAAUCAAUAUCGGCAACCUCAUCUUACAGGAUGCAGAUGAAAACAAGGAUUCCACGUUCACAUGUCGAGCUAAAAUUACAAAAACCAUCACUCGCGAAGGGUGGUACUACUUUGGUUGCCCAAUCUGUAGAGUAAAACUACAAAUGGGAUCCGACUCUGUACUGAAUAAAUGUCCAAACCAUGGAGAGCAAGCUGGAAAGCCAAUGUACAAGAUGCAAAUUCGUCUCGAAGAUGAAGACGAUUCAACUCUGGCCAUGCUCAUAGGAAAACCCGCAGAGAUACUUUUCAGAAAACCCUGUGGCCAGUUGAUAGAUGAAGGAAACACAGAUAAAACCGUCAUCCCGAAAAUCAUCCUUGAUACAAUGCACAAAUACAAAAUAUGGAAGAUUGGGUUUGGUACAAGGAAAGAUUUCAUGGUUAGAGCUGUUUACCCCGACACUGAAAAGGUUCACCAAGAGAUAGAAGAAGCGAAGACAUCAGAGAAACUUCCCUCAAAGAGAAAAUCAUGGUCACCAAAAGAAAGCACUCUGAGUCAACUGUUGGGAUCCACGAAGAAAGCAAAAAGGUAUCAAUAUUUACUACAGUGUCCAUCUAUUCUUCCUUAA